AUCAUUAACUACACAUUGCACACAGUAUGACAAUCGUACAACACCAUUCUCCAACCAAGGGUUAGAGCAGGAGGGAAGAAAGUUUGCAAACAGCUAAGUCUGCGGAUGAGUCGUCCGGUAGAUACCGACACUGCCUCACAAGAGUUUCCGUCACUUCAUGAGCUCUGCUCGCCAUACGAGGAUGCGACUCACUUGGUACGAACGUACCACUACUGUAACCAUCCUCUACCGAGGCAGGUCGGUGAAGUAUACCUUGUUCGUCCUUACACCUAUAGGAAGCUGCCGCAACGAUAGCGCCACCCUAGCCAAGCAUCCGCCAUCUGCUUCAUGCAGGCCGGCAGUCCGUCUCUCGGGAUCAGCUAACCACAGCUUCGGCCUGGUGCGAUGCUGCCCAGUAAGGAACUCUACAGCCUUGUCGAGCCAUCACCAUCGCAUCAUGCACGUCUACAGCCUGUUUUCCACCCAUGCCGGCAACGGUAAAGGUGGGGCUGCUGUGUUCCUCGCUCGUCUUCUUCCUCAUCCCGCCCAUCCACCAAGCAACAGCGAAGCCCACCUACACAUCUACUGGCUGCAAGUCAGGGCCGUGAUCCCGAUGUCUUUCCGCGGAGAGUGAACCAUGUUGGCCCUGCCAACAAUCACGUCUCACUGAGCCGGCCAUCUCCGUGAAAAGUAUGCCCCUGCUUUGCGCUCACCUGACAGUCUUUGCUGUGCUGAGCUGAGCAGAAACUGAUACUACGCUCCGUGUCAGCACGCGACUUAGAGAUCAGAGCUUGCC